CAACUAAAUCAGAAUUUUAUUCAGUUUCAAUUGUUUAGCGAGUGCGGAUCGGCGUCGAGUGCGCGAAGCAGCGAAAACAAGCCAAACCAAACGAGACGAGUACCGCAAUAAAAUAAAAUAAAGUAAAAUAAAUAGUAAUUGGCCCGAUAGUCGAAUUGAAUGCAAACAGGUGCUUUCCGCAUUCAGAUGGCCAAUGCUGGAUUUACGCAUUGAUGAGCACUUUGUCGUUCGGGUUUUUAAUUAUCGCCCGCCCAACUUCAAAAACUUUUGGUCGAAAGGUCACAGGCACCUGUGCAGUGAGCUCUGACGUCAGCGCCUGUAAGAAGGCUUCGUGCCGCUUGGUUGGCCAGGUUAUUGACUCUCGCCCUCCCUCUCCCACCUGAACUUACAUGCCGGACCCAUCAUAAUUAUGUGAGUCCGCUUCUUCCGCAACCGCAGAAUCUUAAGCCGCCUCUUGCCCGCGAACCCAUAAAUAACGCCGAUCUUGGCUCAUUUUAACGAUCUGCAUAUUUUGGCAACAUAAUUAACGGUGAAAAGAAUGUGAAAAGUAGCGAAUCGUAACGCGAAAGCCCGAAUCACAAAACGAGAAGAGAAAGAACACGCGACUGCAAAGAAAGGCGGAAGAAAGAAGCAGAAGGUUUCUACGCGCCACCACCGAGUCCCAUCUCUCAGUUCGAAAUCUCGCGUCCAUCCCAUCGGUGCCCCGAGCAAAUCUUCUGGCCAGAAGCCCAAGUGAAACCGCCGAUGAUGCAAAAAGGGAAGUGCCAAAAGAAGCGAGUUAAGUGAGAGCAAAUCUAAAAGAAAGCAUCGUAAUAUCGGAAAGCGCCGCUGGGGUCAUAAACUAAUCGCGGGCCCCAUGAUCGCGAUCAGCGAUAACUCGCUUGGGCAGCGACUAAUACGCCUCCAGGUGGCUUUUCUCCUCAUCGGUCUCUGGGAUUCUUCGAGGGCUCUGACGGUCGACAACCAGUUGGUAUCCGCAAGAAAUGACUGCUUCGAGCGGAUCGCACUGGAGGCGAUGCUGCCAUUUGAGAAGACCUUCCGCACCGAAGACACCAACUCGCUGAAGAUGUGCAAGGAGAAGUGCCUGCAGGCGGGCGAGAAGUGUCAGGCCAUCUCGUUCGGUGUUCAUCGACGCGGAAACGGCACUUGUCAGUUGUCAUCGGAGCAGUACGGCUCGGGGGGCGGCGGGCGGCCGGGGGGCGUGAUUUUCGAUCCCGACUUUGAUCUGUACACGCGCAAGACGAACUGCUUCGACUUGAGCGACAACUCGAUUGCCGCCGGUCCGCAGCCCGUGCCCGGUCCCAGUGCCAUUUCACCCGGACCGACGCCACUGGAUCUGCCGAACAGGCCCUUGGAUGUCGGCAAUACGCCAGUGCUGGUGGUCAACCCCACGCCACACACUUCUGGGAGUCCACCGCCUCCGCUGGGACCGUCCCUGCCGCCUCCUGGCGUGGGCGAUCGGCUGUACUUCUCGCACGACCUGUAUCCGCUCUAUAAGUAUCCCACGCUUUACGAGAGCAACUAUCCGUCGCCCAACGAGGAGGCCUACAUUCCCGGCGGCUAUGCAGCCAAUGCACCCGAGGUGGACGAGCGGUAUCGACCCCACUACGGGCCCAUAGAACCAGCGGAGGAUGGAGGUAGGCCCACGCCACAUAGCCCUCCGAGACCCAUCUUCGGUUUGGGCUACGGGAAUGGUUAUAGCUACGGAUCCCCAGAGAGAUAUACACCGCCGACAGCGCGGCCAUCGAGUGGAUCCUCGGAGGAGCGACCCAGCUAUGCCGCAAGGCCACCUCGUCCCACUGCCGAUCGUCCAGAAUAUCCGCCAGGACCUCCACGCCCUACGGCCGAUCGUCCGGAGUAUCCACCGCGUCCCUACGAUGGCUCCACACCGCCCUCAUAUGGACCACGGCCGGGUCCCAGCUACGAUCCCGAUCGCGAACCACGCCCGGACUACACCAAUCGACCUGAUCCGCCGUCCAUGUCGCCGCAAAUUGGUUACGGGAUGAACGGACCAUCGGCACGUCCACCUUCACCCUCCUACGACGGUCCUCCUCCACCACGAGAUGAGUACGUUCGCAGGAACGGCAGUGCUAUGAGGCCUGGAGACGGAUACGGAGGUUACGACGAUGACAAAACGAUUGCCACGUAUUUCAAUCCGGAUGACUAUAUGCACGGGAAUAACGAUCGACCAAUGCCCGGCAAUAGAGAUAGAGAUAGGAAUAGGGACCGGCUUGGAUAUCCCAUGGAUGAAAUGAAAGCCUGCUUCCGACGAGUCCUGGCCGGAAAACGUAUUGCCCCCCACUUCGUGCGCCGCUCCAUAUCCUGCGAGCGAGUGGAAGAGUGCAUGCGGGAGUGCGGUCGCGAGCGGCGGUUCAUGUGCGAGGGCUUCAACUACAGGCUGGAUCCUUCGGGUCACGGGCAGGGCGAUUGCGAGCUGGUCGAGAUGCCGCUGGCCCAGAUGGACCUGUACUCCAGUCCGGAUCGACGGGAUGCCAAUUUGCUGAGGCAUCCCGACUACGACUACUACGAGAGGGACCGCAAUGCGCCGAGCAGCUGUCGCCGCAGUGCUUGCCAGGAUUGUUCCCAGGGUCCGGUGAGCAGCCAGCCUGUUUACUUCAAGCCCAGUGGAGGAGCAGGCGGAUAUGGUGACCGUGACCGGGACCGUGACCGCGAUAGGGACAGGGAUCACUAUCGUCCGCAUAGCAGCACUGCCGUGGACCACUACCGCGGUCCAUCUGGUCCCCCAGGCUCCUCCUCCUACGAGCAAAGGCCGCCCUUCUCUUCCGAGUUCCAUGGAUCGCACAGCUCAUCCUCCUCGGCAUCCUCCUAUGAGUUCUCCUCGCAUGGCUCAGGUUCUAGCUCGGGUUCCAGUUCUGGAUACUUUGGUCACACCCCACCCAGUAGCUAUGGCGGCGACCAUCCCUACGUGGAUCGCCAUGAUGCUCCGCAUUAUCGUCCCGGAAGACCGGACCGCUGGGAAACUCUGCCGAGCAGCUCCGGCUACGAUAGCUCCGCGUAUAGACCGCCUCGUCCCGAAACGGAUCGCAUCGACAAGUACCGACCCCCGUAUCGUCCUGGCUCGGACUAUUCGCCCUAUCGACCGCCAAGUCGUCCGUCGCACAACUACCUCGAUCGCGAUGGAGCAGGCCCUCCAGGACCUCUAGGACCUCCAGGGUCCAACAAAAAGCCAAACAAAUUUGUUCCCUACCUGAUUGGCGGCGAGGACAACUGGGGACACUAUGGUGGUAGUUAUGGUGGCAGCAGCAAGCACUCCUCCUCAUCAUCAUCCUCCUACUGGGGUCUCACAGAAUCCCAGAGGCGCAAGGAUCAGCACGACUUCAACUACUUCCAGCUGGGAGCACCACAUCGCGAAUCCAACUCGGUGCUCAGCUAUCCGGGCUCUGGAUACGAGGACGAUUACCCUCGACGACGCAACGAUUACCGUCAACAGUGGACUCGGCGAGCGGGACAAGAUGAAUGCUCGGCGAAAACCAGCGAGGGAUUCCGGCUGCACAAGACGGCCGUGAGGCACGCCUACAACGUGCCCACCUUGACGGAGUGCGAGCGCCUGUGCUCGGAUCAGCGGCCCAGCUUCGUCUGCCACACGUUCAGCUACCGGUACAACCAGGCGGGCAGGGACAACUGCAUGCUCUGCGACCGGCCCAUCAACAUGCUCGACUACUACGUGGACAUCGAGCCGGACCGGGACUACGACAUCUACUCCAUGGCGGACGACAUGGACGUGUGCCGGCAGCCUCCACCACGACGACAUGAUACCGCCGGCCCUAGCACCGCCCUUUCCGAUCCGAGAAACGCCCAAUGUUUCUUCCGCGCAAUCGAUGCCACACGGUUCUUUAAGUCGAUUGUCCGUGACUCGCUGACCGUGCGAUCUGUGGGCGAGUGCGAGAUGGAGUGCAUCCGCUCCACAAAGUUCACCUGCCGGGCGUUUGCCUUCCGAUACGGCCAGCAGCGACAUGCCGGAGUCAUCGACAACUGCCAGCUGAGUGACUGGCCAGUGCGGGACAUGGACAAGGAGCGGCAUCUCAUCCUGGACGCCGCUUUCGACAUCUUCGAGCGAGCCAGCUACGGGCACGGAUGUGAAAUCCAGCCAAUUGUGGAUGAGAAGCACAAGAAACUCUGCUAUUUGGGUUACGGAUCACCGGCUAGACUGCUUCCUCCGGCCAUCAAGAAAGUGAUUUCGGUGCCCUCCGAGAUGGCCUGCAAGAAGGAGUGCAUCCGAUUCCGAGAAACGACUCCUUUCAAGUGCUUUGCCUUCAGCUAUGGCUCCCAUGCCAGCUCCUUCAACUGUGAGCUUUCGGACCUGGACCAGACCGAGCUAAAACAGGAUGUGCACUAUGCGCACACCAAGGACCGCGACUUCUGGCUCUUCGCCUGGAAUCCCUUCGACUGGACCUGCCGGGACAAGGUCAACACCAUUGGGGGAUCCCGGGUGAACAACGACAGGCGCAUGGACAUCUUCCGGGAACCGGGCGACGUGGCCUGGCGUCAUUACACCGUGUCCGGAAAACCCUGCCGCCGGAGCAGUCCCUGCGCCAAGAAUCUCAUCACGGGCUUCUACUCCUGCGAGACGGACGCCUCCGAGGUCGGCUCCUGGGACUACUGCUGUAAGGCGGACCACCCGUGCGGCUACAGCAAGGGAUUCGAUUAUCCAUGGUGCUUUGUGGGCGACGAGUCGGACCAGUGGCGCAAGUGCAGCGAUCGCUACUUCCCCGGAAAGAACGGCACCCAGCCGACCCACUCGCACCUGGGACUGCCCAGUGCCAAGGAGAAACAGAAGCAUCCACACCCCCAUCACGCCCAGCCGGCGACGGCGGCCAGCAGCGAGUACAGCCAGCACCCCCCUCGACCCGGCGGACUGCAGAGCCUCAGUGACUUCGCCGCCGCCCGCCUGUGGCCCGUGACCUACCUGUACAGUGAGGGCCCGCCCAAUGCCACCGAGUUCAGCAACUUCGUCGACUGCAACAAGGAGUCGUGCUAGUGGGGCGCUGAUUUAGAUUACGAUUAGCAGAUUAAGAGAUGCUUGUGUACAAUAGAUAGCCCUAAUCCCCUAAUCCCAAACACUAAUCCCAGCCAGAUGUACUUGGAGCGCGCGGACGUUGGCGUUGUGAUCAUCAUUGAGAUUGGAUACCAUUGUCGUCAGAAACAAGUGAAACCAAUUAACUUAUUAACUUAGCUCCCCUGAAUGUUGAAUGCUACCUAAAAUGACAGCUUGCGUGCAGGCAUUCUUAGUACCACUAAGCUGUA